AUAAACCUAGCUAUUUAAGCUAGUGAAAUCUGUAUCUGUGAACGGAUGAAAAUUAUUAAUCAAAAAAUUAUUGAUUCAAUCGAUUAGGCUUGUUCUUCGGAAUCAGUAGGCUAGUUCUUCUGAACUAGAAGGCUCAAUUCUUUGGGAUUGGGAAAUUAUCUUGUCAUUGAUCCAGACUUGUCGUGGGUUCAUGACAAUUAGUAUCAGAUUCCCUUUCCUGGGUUAACUUUCAUUAUGGCGGAACUGGAUGAAGCUACUGAACUUCAUAAGAUCCUGGUUACUUCAAAACAUCAUGAUUAGAAACUUCAGGACUCAAUUGAUGGAAUUAAACAGAUAUUGAAGAAGGAUUCUCAACAACACCAACAACAUAUGCAACUGAUGAAUCACAAUUUUCAACUGUUGAAUCGCCAAUUAGAUGCGUUUUUCAAGUUCUUCAACAUCCCCAAACCUAGCAUCAAUAACACUGCUGCUACAACCGGGUUUCUAGAUUCGACAUCAAGAAUAUGAGAUUCUACUAAAUCGGUUGGAGAUUUAAAAGUUAUUGAAUCUGAAAAGGAUAAAUCAAUUGGAGUUGGCGAACUUAUUGAGGGUCAUAAUUCUCAUCCUUCUGAUAUUAAUGUUUCUCAAUCUGAGAAUUCAAAAUCACUUCAUAUCUGUAUUAAUGAAGAAAACGAUUCUCUCGAAUCGGAGUUGAUUCCUUCUUUUUUCUUUGACGAAAAUGAUGAUUCUAUCGAAUUGGAUUUUAUUUCUAAAUUUUUCUAUGUUGACAACGAAGAUGUUGAUUCACUUACUGGUAUGCGAUCCCAACCUGAGGAAGUUUCUACACCAGAGAUGAUAGACUUCUCCGAGUUGAAUCAACUCAAAAUUGAUGAGGUUUAUGGUUCCGCCCUGGAUUUUCACUCAAAUAAGUUUGAGAUAACUUUCGAAAAUUCUGAAUACUUGAAGGAGUUGUUUCAUCACAGCAAGUUACUCUUUCUGGAUUGUUUUUCUCUCCAUCUUGUUGAUGCUCGUUCCUUAUUUGAUCGAGCUUCAACAUGGUUUGGUUUAUGAUACAGAAGACGCAUUGGAUGGAUUUUCGAAGAGAGGAGUAGGGAAAGACCAAUUUCUAUGUCACAGCUGGUAUGUAGUUUUCAUCCUCCACAUUAAAUAUGCACAGCCACAUCCGAUAAAUACUUCAGUUAGUCUUUAUCAUAUUUCCUACAAUUUGCACCUUCUUACUUCUCUUACAAAACACAUUGCAAGCUCCAGGGUGUUAUUCAACAGCAAGUCGCUCGGUAUUGAGUGUUUUUAUCUUUCUUUUUCUUAUACUCGUACAUUAUUUGGGAAGACAUUCAAACUCCGUAUGUGGGAUUCUUGUUUUCUGAAAUGGAAGUUUAGAUUUGGGUUUGUUUCUGACCUGGGUUUGAAUUUAGUGGAUAAACGCCAUAGAGUAUUUGUUCCUGAGCUGGUUUAUAAAAUUGGGUACCUGUCUGAUUGGUUGUUUAGCACUUCAAUUCUUAAUGUGUCGGCUACAAGUGGCGCAAAAUAUUUUUUCUUAUGGCUGAAGUGUGAUUUGCUUGAGUUGCAACCUGGACUUUCUCCUCAUUACGCGUUGCAGCCCUUGAAUGCUUAUAGCAUUUAUUUUCAUUGCCUACCCGUGGAAACGUAUACUUCAUCAAGUCGUCAGUCAUCUGUACCUAGGGUCUAUGGAACUGUUGCUGUUCUAUAGGAAGUUGAAAUGAUAUAUCAACAGAUUGUAGCAAUUAUCAUGACAAGAAACAGUACCUGCAUAAGAAAGGAGGGUGUAAAGGUAUUCUUCAACUCUGCAACGAUUGUUUGUAACCCCUUUGAAAAAGCGGGGGUCUAACAACACCACCCAAUAUUUCGCUUAGCAAUUGAUAAGUACGUAUGUGCUACAUUUUGUACCCAUAUUUAUAUUAAUUAGGACUCAAUAUUUUGGCUAACGACACUAUUUUAGUGCUUUUGUAGAAAGUACAAUUGAAUUCCAAUAAAUUAGAGAUAAAUGGCUAAUUGGGCGCUACAGUGACAGUAACGAAGGAAAUAACGAAUGCUGCUCACAGUGCCGUAAGGAGAGAGCUAGAUCUGUCAUGGCAUGUAAAUUAAUUGCCCACUUGCUCAAUGUCACAGCCAGCACAUCAAGAAGGGAAACAGCCCAUUGUGUUUGUUCACUCCAGGGCAAAACCUGGAACCCACCAGAGCCUAACGUGUGUAUAGCUCUCUCAGCACAUAAUUUCAUUUCUUAUCCAGCUGGUGUGAUGUUCUUAUCGCAAGGAAAGAAAUCCAAGCAGCUGUUGUUACCAAAUAAUGGAAUUGAUAUUCGGUGAUGAAGAAGAUGAUGCCUGGACGUGACCGAGAUGGUAUUGCUCGAGGCUCGAAGAAAAUGAAUGAUAGUGAUGUAUCUGUCUGCCGGUAGCAAGACUAUAUACUAGUUUGCCGUGAAGAUGCAGAAGAUGAAGGUUUUCCGGAGCCGGUACUGAGGGCGGAAGUCAGUGAAGGAAGAAGUCGAUCUGUUUGGCUGAAUGGGUUGUUUUGGUGGAUGCUUGAGUAGACCAACAGACGUAAUGAGAACUGAAGAUGAAGUUAUAUUCGAAUCAGCCAAGUAGUUUGGGGUUGAUUCAAUUAAUGGGGUUAAUUUCAAUUGAAGCAGCAGCAUGGAGUUCACAAGGAGUUCCGGUGUUGAUUUGCACAUCUGCAACAAUGAAUAUGGAGGUGCAUCUCGUGGUGCUCAGUUAAGAUAGAAUUAGCAGCCAAAUAUAAGGUUCUGUUGUUCGAUGGUGUUGAUGCUGUGACCGAGAGUUAGAUGGUCAGGCUAUAGUAGUUGUCCAUGCUAUGCCGUCAGUAACUAGGAGUUCAGAAGUACGUUCAAUUGGGACCAGUUAGAAGACCUGGAGCACUUAUACAAUUGAAAAAGAGAGAUGGAAAGAGGAUCUGGGCGGUGAGAUGAAGAUGGUCAAGGGUUGCAGGACAGAAGCUGUGAAGCUAGGUUCUGUUGUUUGAGAAGAAUGAAAGCUGGUGGUGAUGGCGUUUAUUUAUCGAAGUUCAACAUUUAUUCUUACUUGGUUUGAGUAUAAGAUCAGCAAUCACGGAGUUGUAAGAGAAGAGUUUGGGUGAAGUCUCUUGGCCUGAACUGCAGUUCGAGUAGGUGACAAAUGGGUGAGAUUCAACAGAAGCUGUCGAGAAGAUUUUAAAGACGAGCCGUAGUCUGCUAUUUGUCUCGACAUGGUGGUUGAUUGAGAACGGUGAUGGAACAAGGAUGAAGUGGAGCUCGAAUUCAGUUGGGAGUAUUGGCUGCUGUCGUGAUGACGGAGAAAUGGGAGUUUUGAGAGUGAGUCUGAUGACGCUAAGGAGAUGGAAAUAAUUGGAGAAGAGGUGAUUAGUCUCGGUGAUUGAUAAAUUGGCGCAAAGAAGUGCAGUGGUCCGAGCAGUUGAGUUAGAGGUCCUUGGCAUGGUCUGGAGUUGGACGGACAGAUGAUGGAGUUAGGAGAUGGACAUACAAAAACAUGCAGUUGGCUGGACUUUUUGGUAAUGAUCUGGAUACAGAAUAUGGGUCUCGAUGAACUGGGCCUUGAGCAAUUAUUCUGCUAGGUCUUAUUCUGACUCGUGACAGCACUAUAUGAAAGGAACUGAACAGAAACAGAAGGGGGGUUCCGACAACUAGAAGCUGCGGCUACAGAGUCGAAAGCAAGGAGGCCGAAUAUUGGAAUUCUUCUGGGAGGCGUGGCUGGAGUUUUAAGUUCUUCCUGGAGGAUUUCGUAAAGGUCGUUGGAGCAUGGAUAGGGAAGAAGACGACUCGAUUGGUUUAAUCUCUUCUCUCUUGAUUAUCAUUUUAAUGGGUUUUAAGAAACCCAUAGUUAUGUAUUGCUAGAUUUCUCGUAACUAGGGUUUAUGAUUGAAACCACUCGGAGUUUAAGACUAUUUUGAAUUGAAUAAAAUUGAGAAAAAAGACUAUUAUGAUUUGAAUAUGAUUAAUUCUUAAUAUUGUUUAUCGAUU